CCAUGUAACCAGCAGCCUGCAGGUUUUAGUCCAGACUUUGCUGAGAUGAAGGCGUACUACAUCGUGAUUGAAGUAGUCAUUGCGAUCCUCUCCAUAUUCGGCAACGUGCUGGUGUGCUGGGCUGUGGCCAUCAACAGCACCCUGAAGAACGCCACCUUCUACUUCCUGGUAUCCCUGGCCGUGGCUGACAUCCUGGUGGGCUGCCUCGCCAUCCCCUUCGCCAUCAUCAUCAGCGUCGGCUUGCCCCUGGACUUUUAUGGAUGCCUCUUCCUCGCCUGUUUCGUCCUGGUACUCACCCAGAGCUCCAUUUUCAGCCUCCUGGCCAUUGCCAUCGACAGAUACCUGGCUGUGAAGAUCCCACUGAGGUACAAGGAGUUGAUGACGGGGAAGACUGCCAGAGAAAUCAUAGCAAUUUUAUGGAUCCUUUCUUUUGUUAUUGGUCUUAUUCCCUUCUUCGGAUGGAACUUGAAAUACUCAAGUUGCAGCAACACCACGGACUUCAAACACAGAGGAGGCUUGCCUCGGAGCUGCAAACUGGAGUGUCUCUUUGAAAGUGUGGUGGACAUGCAGUACAUGGUCUACUUUAAUUUCUUUGUGUGCGUGCUGCUGCCGCUGCUCAUCAUGCUGGGCAUCUACAUGAAGAUCUUCACCGUGGCCAGGAAGCAGCUAAGACAGAUUGAGCUCAAAUGUGUUGGCAACGGGGACAGCCAAAACCACGGACUGCUGCAGAAGGAGAUUCGAGCUGCCAAAUCCCUCUCCAUCAUCGUGGGACUGUUUGCCGUCUGCUGGCUGCCCGUCCACAUCCUCAACUGUCUCCGGCUGCUUUACAAAGACCUGGAGAGGCCUGAGGACGUCAUGUAUGUGGCCAUCAUUUUAUCCCACGCCAACUCCGCGAUCAACCCCAUUAUUUAUGCAUACCGCAUCCAGGACUUCAGGAACACCUUCCGUAGGAUCCUGGCCCAGCACUUUCUCUGCCGCGAGGAGGAGCUUUACCUCGGCUCCAACGGCAGCAGACGCCACAGAGACCAGAUCCACAUGACCAUUGACCCUCUGCUAUAGAGGCGCACAGCAGAAAAAUGGGACCUGUGUCAACUGCUGAGUCUUGAAUUUGCUUUUUACAGAGAUUUAUUAAUGUUUACAGAAAAAGGGUAUGAUGAUAUGUCAAGAUGAUGUCAAUCACACCUUGAAUGUGGAGAUUUAUUUAUAAAUUGUGAUGAGUUGAAGGUGCGGGAUCAAGGAAAUGUUCAACAGAAAGUCUUACAAAAGCUUUUGUGUAGUGGAGGGGUUUUAUUUUAAAAAGUUGAAGCUAACUGGAUUUGUAGGACUGUGAAGAGGAUCUAAACCAAAAAAAAAAAGCUAUUGUUCUCAAAUGACCCCGUUACAAAAUCAAACACUACUUUUCCCCUGCACUGUUGGUGUGUAUUGUCAACACUCUGCCAGUGUUAAAUCAUUUAUUACAAGGCCUUGUCUUUGAGAAUGUAACAAUCAAAAGAACUUUAUGGGAAUAGAUCUGUACUUGUAGAGUUUAAAAAGGUACAGUAGUAAGUUUCAUCUGUGGUUAAAUUUUGGGCUUGUGAACCUUAAUUUAAUUAGAACUCAUCACUGCCUCCAUGUAGAGGACAACAUUUCUGUAUUUAUUUAUUAAGCUUGAAGAUAU